CCACACCUUAUAUAUCGACCAACUCUCCCCCUACUCUUUCUUUCCGCUCAAGAUCACUCUCUCUCCCUCUGCCUCUCUUUCUUACUCCCCUUUUUCUUUCUUCCUCUGUGAUUAUACUCGCACUUCAAAGGUCUUUCUCUGAAACAUUCCAUCAAUCUUCUUAAUUUAACCUUUAAUCUUCUCCCUCUCCCCCCCACCAUCCCACCUUUCCCACCCCCUCCUCAAUCAUCCACCAUGGCUGCUCGUCCUCAGAACAUUGGUAUCAAGGCCAUUGAGGUCUACUUCCCCAGUCAGUGCGUCGACCAGGCCGAGCUCGAGAAGUUCGAUGGUGUCAGUGAAGGCAAAUACACAAUUGGUCUUGGUCAGACCAAGAUGAGCUUCUGCGAUGACCGCGAAGACAUCUACUCCAUCUCCUUGACCACCUUCUCCUCCCUUCUGCGCAAGUACAACAUCGACCCCAACUCCAUUGGUCGCCUCGAGGUUGGCACUGAGACCCUCUUGGACAAGUCCAAGUCCGUCAAGUCGGUCCUGAUGCAGCUGCUGGCUCCCCACGGCAACACCAAUGUUGAGGGUGUUGACAACAUCAACGCCUGCUAUGGUGGUACCAACGCUGUGCUGAACAGUCUCAACUGGAUCGAGUCCUCCGCCUGGGAUGGUAGAGACGCCGUUGUGGUCUGCGGUGAUAUUGCUCUGUACGCCGAGGGUGCCGCCCGCCCCACUGGUGGUGCUGGCUGUGUGGCCAUGUUGAUCGGUCCCGACGCUCCCAUUGUGCUCGACACUGCUCUGCGUGCCUCCUAUGUCACCCACGCCUACGACUUCUACAAGCCCGACUUGACCAGCGAGUACCCUGUUGUUGACGGUCACUUCUCUCUCCGCUGCUACACUGAGGCCGUGGAUGCCUGCUACAAGGCCUUCAACGCCCGCGAGAAGGUUCUCAAGGAGAAGGCUCAGAACGGCACCAACGGUGUGUCGGACGAGUCCAAGACCGGUCUGGACCGCUUCGACUACUUCGCCUACCACGCCCCCACCUGCAAGCUGGUCCAGAAGUCUUACGGACGUAUGCUCUACAACGAUUUCCUUGCCAACCCCACCCACCCCGCUUUCGCUGAGGUCGCCCCCGAGCUGCGUGACCUGGACUACGAGAGGUCCCUGACUGACAAGAACGUCGAGAAGACCUUCAUGGCUCUGACCAAGAAGCGCUUUGCCGAGCGUGUCAAGCCUGCCAUCGAGGUGGCCACUCUCUGCGGUAACAUGUACACUGGUACCGUCUGGGCCGGUCUGGCCAGCCUGCUGUCCUACGUGACUUUCGACCCCAGCCAGCCCAAGCGCAUUGGUAUCUUCUCCUACGGCAGUGGUCUUGCCAGUUCUAUGCUCAGCGCCAAGGUUGUUGGCGAUGUUUCGACCAUCGUUGAAAAGCUUGACCUGAUCAACCGUCUCAACGCCAGAGUUGUGCUGCCUCCUCAGGCUUACGUUGACAUGUGCGACCUCCGCAAGCAUGCUCACCUGAAGAAGAACUUCAAGCCCUCCGGUAACACGGAGACUCUCUUCCCCGGCACUUACUACCUGACCGAGGUGGACGACAUGUUCCGCCGCAAGUACGAGGUCAAGGCUUAAUUGACGACUAGUACAAAGACGGAAAUUCCUUCGAUUGUGCUUCUUUGGACAUGACCAGUUCGUUAGACGACUUUCUAGAUUCCCUCCAGCAUGCAUGAUGAUUUUGCUUGCCCGCCCACAUCCAGCCAUCGAGCUCAGUCGAGAGAAAGGAUGGGUUGACGGGUUCUCGGUUUGAUUCCCAGGCCAAGUGUUUAUGGCGCCUUAAUACUUCUACAUAUUUGUUUUAUUUGUUGCCUUCCGAUGGAGGCCGAUUUCAGACUCCCCCAGACGGGUGCUGGGAUAAAUUUCACACAAGACGGCCUACGAGCUUCGGGGCCGUUAGUAUUUUAGAUAAUC